AUGUUGUUUCAGGCCCGUCUACUUCUGGUGCGUACGUAUCGAACUAUAUACAAUGUGAAUCUGAAUAAGUCAACUCGAAUCAACAUUCUUCGACUUUCCGAACCUGACUCCGCUGUUGGUAACCCCGGUGUACUUGUACCCAUUUUUACCUUGUCAACUGGUGCAAGCCCAAGGGAUAAAACAAAUGUGCCACUCGAAGCUUCUGUUGAUUCUGAUGCGCCAACUCUUGCAGCUGGUGACAAAGACUGCAACUCCAUCUCACCAGACUUGAGGCGAAGGGUUAUCCCCUUUACUAUUCCAAUAGUGCCUACUCGGGUGCUUCGCUUCCAGCCACCAGCUCUUUCGUCACUCUCCACUUCCUUUAGUCUUUCCAUCCCAGCAGCUAUCCCCACCUACUCUGUUAGUUUUGAAGAACCCUCAGAUAAAAAUCAUUUUCAGGCUAAACAGACAAAUGAAAAUCGACCUAACUUUAAACUAGACGAUCGCAUCUCCGAGCCUCAACACCUCUGCGACCGAUUUCAGGAGCCCCAA